GCGACCUCCGGAGAAAUGGCAAUGGGGGGGGGCGGUUGUGGCGACUGCGCGUGCGCGCGUGCCCCGGCGGGCGGAAGUGACGUCAGGGAGACGCGCGGCGGGGAGGCCGCGGCGGCGGCGGCGAUGGCGGAGGAGGGGAAGGGGGGCGGGUACAGCGAGCACGAUGACCGCGUGGGCGGCCGGGCGUUCCCGGUUCGGCGGCGGAAGGGCCGGGGCCCGUUCCGGGGCAAGAUGUACAGCGAGGGCACCCCCCGGGGCCGGCCCCGCCGCGCCCGGCCCGACGACGACGACGGCGACGUGCCCAUGGCCGAGGCGCACGACGGGCCCCGCGGGCGCUACGUGCCGUACGCGCCGCGCUCGGGCCGCCUGGCCAACAUCAACAUCACGGUGAAGCGGGAGCCCGGGGAGCGCGGCGGCGGCGCCGGCCGCGACGGCGGCAGGAGGAGCUGGUUCAAAAUCACGUUCCACUACGACCACAACCGCGCCCAGUUCUACGUGGAGGACGCGACCACGGCGAGCGCGCUGAAGCAGGUGUCGCGGAAAAUCACCGACAGGGACAACUACAAGGGUGUUGUGUGUCCCUGUGGUGCCCUGGCGCUCCCCGGCCGUGCCCAGCUGUGCAUGAGCAAGCGCUACGACGGCUCCCAGAAGUCGCUGGACCUCAAGAGCCUCCGCGUGGACCCCGACCUGGUGGCGCAGAGCAUCGAGGUGGUGCUGAGCCAGCGCGGCUCCAUGGGGGCAGUGCUGAGGAUCAUCGAGGAGAACAUCCCCGAGAUCGCCUUCGACGUCGAGGCCCCCACGACGCUGCCGCCCUGCAAGGGCAGCUACUUCGGCUCCGACGACCUCAAGGCUUUGGUGCUGCGGUUCCUCCAGCAGUAUUACUCCGUGUACGACUCCAGUGACCGCCAGGGGCUGCUGGACGCGUACCACGACGGCGCCUGCUGCUCGCUGAGCAUCCCCUACGGCCCCCACACCCCCCCCAGGAACAGCCUGAACGAGUAUUUCAAGGACAGCCGGAACGUGAAGAAGCUGAAGGACCCCACCAUGCGCUUCAAGCUGCUGAAGCACACCCGCCUCAACGUGGUGGCGUUCCUCAACGAGCUGCCCAAGACCCAGCACGACGUCAACUCCUUCGUGGUGGACAUCUGUGCCCAGACGAACACGCUGCUCUGCUUCACCGUCCACGGCAUCUUCAAGGAAGUUGACGGCAAAUCCCGGGAUUCUGUCCGGGCCUUCACACGGAUGUUCAUCGCCGUGCCGGCCGGGAACAGCGGGUGAGGCCCCG